AACAUAUCAGUGAAUGGAAACUGAACAGAAUUUCGCUUUCUUUCAGACUUUCUGUGAACAGUCGCCUAGAAGGCUAGAUAGAAAGCAUUGCUUUCCCCGUUGUUGAUAAAAUUAUUUGACAUCGGGUCAUUUUGAAGAGUAGAGAAAAGAAUGUCUCUCCAGGAUUUGGAGACCGUCCUUUCGGGUCUGCUGGCCCCCGAUAGUGCUGUGAUUCGUCAGGCCGAGGAGCAGCUGAAGGAGCCUUUCAAGGACCCUGGUAUUGUCAGCGCACUUGUAGAGAUAUUAGCGCAGUCCCAGGCUCCUCAGAUCCGUCAACUGGCUAGUGUGCUGCUCCGCCGCUUGCUAGGCAAGCAUUGGGAGGAUGUUCAGGCGGAUAUGAAAAUGCGGGUCAAGUUGGCUCUUCUUCAACAACUAUCAAAAGAGACCAUCCACUCUGUGUCGUUCAACAUUGCAGACUUGAUCGGUGAAAUUGCAGAUCUGGAAUUGGUGGACGAGGCUGGCUGGCCAGGUCUUUGGGAGUUUCUGAGAAACUCGUUUCAAAGCCCAGAUCUUGCUCAGCAAGAGCUGGGCCUGAUGCUCCUGUGCACGCUUUCUCAAAAUGCUGGUGAUAAGUUGUGUGACCAAUUCAACACGUUUUCUCCGCUCUUCGUUACAUGCUUGAAGUCCGAGUCGGUCAAUUUGCUUUACUACGCACUCAAGUGCUUGGCUGGACUUGCUCCGUAUGUAGCACACAUGCAUGAGGCUUAUUUCCGUGAAGUGACUCCUCUUUGCCUGGGGGCCCUUGAUCGCCUGCUGGCUGUAGACGAGGACAAAUCUCUUGAAGCCAUGGAAGUUAUCACAGAGCUCAUUGGCUCUGAAGGCAACACUAUUGGUGGAAAUCUGAAGUUGCUCUUGGAGUUCAUCCUCAGGGUCGGAGCCGACCAGGCCCGUGACAAGGCCCCUCGCUGCAAGGCAUUGGCAUUGCUCUUGGACCUGAUUCUGACAAAGAAGGGGAAAUUUCUGAAGGGUGACAAGUUCUUGCAGGUGAUACAGACCCUGUUUGCCGUAAUGGCAUCGCCGAUGGAGGAUGCUGAUGAAGACGAUGAUGACUCUGAUCUCCUGCUGGGAUUCACACCACAAGCUGUUGCCAGUCAGGUUAUGGGCAAUUUGGCUAUCGAGUUCACGCAUUCCAUGAUCAUUGAUCCACUUAUGGUCAUUGUGCGUGCAAACCAUGCCAGUACUGAUGAGAAUGUACGGCGUGCAUGCUUAGUUGCUCUGACGGUUGUUGCUGAUGGCUGCAGUGUACAUCUAAAGCUCAACCACCUUGCGCCCAUUCUGCAGCUAGUGAACGCAGGUUUCAACGACUCCAGUAGAACCGUGUUCCUGGCUUCGCUGAGUGCCAUGUCAGAGUUUGCUGUGCAUUUCCAGCCGGAUAUCUCACAACACACCUCAGAGAUUCUCACCAGGGUUCUGAUGAUGCUUGUCAGUGUGCUGGAGGAGCCGGAGUUUGACAAGGUCAAGACCAAGCAUGUCUUCCGUGCUUUCGAAAUGGUGAUUGAGAACACUGAAGAGGAUGUUUCGUCAUUCUUGCAGAAGGUGAUGGAGAUCUUGAUGACUGUUCUCUCCAAGACCGAGAAUACGGAUGUGCGUGAACUGACCAUCCAGUCUCUUGGUGCUGUGGCCACGGCGGUGAAAGGUGGCAUCUCACCCUACUUUGAGCAGAUGAUGAUGGCAAUCAAGCCUCACCUUGUUGCUCCAGCCCCUAAUGAGAGUCCAUCAGUUAUGCUCUUGACUUGCAUUGACACUCUGGGUGUGCUUGCCCGCAACGUUGACAAAGCUGUAUUCCAGCCUCUGGCCCUGGACUGCAUCAACCUCGGCUUGCAGCUCAUCUCCGUUACCAAUGAUCCAGACCUGCGCAGCGUAGUGUUUGGUCUCUUGUCGGCCACCUGUGUGGCGUGUCCUGAUGUCUUCAUGCCAUUCCUUCCCACUAUCAUCCCACUCAUGUGGGCAGCGCUCAAGGAAUCCGAAGAGGAAACUGCUGAUGACUCAUUCGCAUUCUCUGGACUAAACGGCGCAAGCAACGGAGGAGAGGAAGACGACAGCGACGGAAUUGAAGGAGUGAACAGUCCAUUGUACCUACUGAAGGAAGAUGGUGCAAACUCUCUGGCACAAAUCUCGGAAAGCCUGGUCUCAUCAUUUGCAAUGUACUUUGAUGACUCAUUUACUCUCAUCUCACAGCUAUUAGAUGAUCCUUUCGCACCGACCAAUGUCGAGCGUGCCUCUGUCUCAUGCAUGGGUCGUCUCUGCGCCUCUUACAAGAAGCAUAUUGACAAUGGUGAUGUUCCAGAAGGUGGCCAUCAACUGAACCUUUACGUCGCUGUAACUCUGAAUCGUGCCGCUAACCUCGCGAAGGACACCUAUAACCGCCUCUCAGCUGUUGCUGCGUUAGAAGCAAUCAAGGAGUUGCUAGUUGAGCUGGAAGGUGUUGCCCUACCUAGUGACGAACACUUUACAGUUAUCAUUGGCGUUGUCGACGAGUUCCUCAAUUUGAAGGCUGUGUGUCAGCAGAGCUCUUGCGACGAAGAGGACGGUGUAGAAGAGAAAGGAACGGAGUAUGAUCACUUGGUUGUAGAGACCGCUGGUGAGAUCCUGCCUCCAUUAGCGGCUGCCAAGGGUGGAGCAGAGUUUAUACCCUACAUCACCCAACUCUUGCCCAGCAUACUGGCAAGAACAGCAAAGGACUGCACAGACGCUGAGCGUUCGUUUGGAUAUGGCAUUGUCGCUGAGGUACUAAAAGAGCUAGCAGAGCAUGGUCAAGUGUUUGCUCAGCCUCUUUUGCCAAUCCUGGUUAACGGUUGCAGUGAUACUGAUGAUGAGGUGGCAAACAAUGCUAUCUACGGCAUUGGCCUGCUCUGCCAGUAUGGUGGUGCUGAGGUCAAGACGCACUUCUCCAGUAUCCUGCAGAUCCUAUCCACAGCUCUGGAACAGCGUAAAGAUGAGCAGCGAGUAAUUGACAAUAUCUGCAGUUGUGUAUGUCGUGUGCUGAUGGCAGGUCUGGAUAUACUCCCCGGCAGUUUGGUGUUAGGCACGCUCCUGCCCCAUCUGCCCAUCCAGCUGGACUUCCAGGAGAACCAGAAUGUGUAUGUAGAGUGCCUGGGUCGUCUCAUUGAAGCCAACCACCCUGCUAUUGCUGAGCACCGUGUCACCAUUGCACAACUCUUCCAAACUGUGCUAUCUGACGUAGAAAAGUAUGAGCUAGACAAAGGCACACCUCCAUUGGUGGAAGCAGUGACAAGGAGUUUUCAACAGCUGCAGUAGAGUUCCAACUCUGUAACAUGUCAUGUGUGACACCAACAACACUUGACCUCAUCAUAACAGUGCAAUGUGCUUCAGUCAUCAACCCACUUGAUUUCUUCACACACUGCAAUCAGUGCAGUCAGCGCCACCAUCGCCAUCAAGUCAACGCCGCCAUCAAGAUCAGGGCAAGUAAAGCAUAGUUUAGCCAGGUGAUCUCAGCUACAGUCCACCACUUUCCUGGAUUCGUGCCAGAGUGGCUACAACAGUACAUGUACAACUUACUUUCCCACAUCCUGCUGCUGCGACUACUGGCCGGCAGGCGUGUUGCCUAGUAUCGAUACUGUGCAAUGCACUAGCUGUCUGCUAACUGUCUGCAUCACUGCUGCCGCUGCUGCUGCUUUUCCAAGCAGCGCGCCGACCAGGAAAGCAGUGCAGUGUGUGGGUAGGUUUGCGUGUGUGCGCGCGCACGUGUGUGUGUGUGUGUGUGUUGGCCACGCUCCUGGAAGACUUCUUCUGGACUUGAUCGGCAGCUGGGAGUUUGAACCGUAAAGCUGUUCUAGGUGUCAUUACGUCGUCGGGUGGUGGUUUAGCUAGCACAUAGUAAGUGGCCACUGACUGCUAAUCCUGAGCUGCAACACAGUGCUGAAAUGGAUGACCAUGAUCUUGGCCGAAGCAAUUAUGCCCCGCAUAGCUACUGUCUGCGACUCCAACCAGUCUCAACGCAGUGUCCCUAUGUUCCCUUCAUAUUGUCUUCUUUUUCACAACUCCAUGUGUAACUUAUUAGCUGAGUGCUACAGUACAGUUGAGACGCCAGAAAUCGACAACAGCAUAUUCUAAUGAACAUAGUUGUGCCCAGCACGGCAGAGUAGCCAUUUUGCAGGGUGCUUGCAUGUGUACGUGCAUGUGCAUGUGUGUUAGCUUACUACUGGUAUUCUUGCCUAGGUGUGUUAGCUUACUACUGGUAUUCUUGCUUAGGUGUCGCUAACAGCUGGCACAUGUAGUGAUAUCUGCCACUACGGCCGUAACACAUCGUAACACAUCACCAUUGUAUGUUUGUCUCGAUAUAGCUGUUGUGCUUGCUACAUAAUUAUUCUAGUUUCUUUCUCCGUCGUCUGCUUCUGGUGUUGCUCGGCCCUUUAUCUGCCGUCUGAUCUUGCUCUGUCCUUUAUCCGCUUUCUUCUCUUGCUCUGUCCUUUAUCCGCCGUCUGAUCUUGCUCUGCCCGUUAUCCGCCGUCUGAUCUUUUGCUCUGCCCUUUAUUCGCCGUCUGAUCUUGCUCUGCCCGUUAUCCGCCGUCUGAUCUUCCUCUGCCCUUUAUCCGCCGUCUGAUCUUUUGCUCUGUCCCUCUGUACAACUUUAGGUGUCAUUCUAUAUGUUUACGCGUAGUAGUGUGGUAAUGUGCUUUGGUUGGACGCUAGUAUUUGAUUGCAUACGUUAUUGCAUACGUUGUUUUCCUUGUGCAAAUCCCGAAAAAUGGCACAGGUUCUAGCUUUUAUCUACGUUUUCUUUGACUGAUUUUAUUGCUUCUGCUUUUUCUUCUUCAAAAGUUAUUUUUCGUAGAUAUAAUCACAUACAAGACCCA